AUGCUAGAGCACAAAUAUGGAGGUCACCUGGUGUCUCGCAGGGCAGCCUGCACCAUCCAGACUGCGUUCCGGCAGUACCAGCUCAGCAAGAACUUUGAGAAGAUCCGCAACUCCCUGCUGGAGAGCCGCAUGCCACGCCGCAUCUCUCUGAGGAAAGUCCGGGUCCAGAACUCAGAGAGCUUCUCUGCUGAGAAAGCCCUGGUGGAGGGCUACAACUUUGUGGGCAUCCCCCUAGUGAGGUCUCCGUCUUUGCCAGCUACCAUCAGUGGGGCAUUGACUGAGCUGGAGGACUCCUUCACAGAACAAGUUCAGUCCCUGGCCAAGUCUAUUGAUGAUGCCCUCAGCACCUGGAGCCUAAAGACCAUGUGCUCACUGCAAGAUGGAGGCUCAUACCAGAUAAGAGAGACUUUCAGUGCCAGCUCAAUGCAGCCAAACCAAGACUUAGAAACUGAGCUGCAGGACAAGGAGAAGGAGGAAGGGCUUCUACCAGAUACCCUACCCAAGAGCAGCAGCACUCUCAUGAUGGCUUUUCGAGAUGUCACAGUCCAGAUCGACAACAAGAACAUCUCUGUCUCAUCGUCUACCUCGGUGUCUAUGGCAAACUGCCUCAGCAGCAGUGCCCAGGCCGAGCUCUCUCAAGCUAUCAAGGCUGAAGAAAGCCCAGGAGAAGGGGAGGGAGAAACCAGUGGACCACUGGCUGCCCCAGAGAGCUUACCUGAGGCCAGAGCUCUCCAGAACAGCCACACUUUCACCGAGGUGAAUGUCAGUACUAAUGGCACAGGAGACAUCAAUGCUGAGCCUGGAGAGAUGGCAGUGCAGAAGCUCCAGUUUGAUGCUAGCAAUGAGAUGGGGCAAAGCAAAGGCUCUGAAUCAGAGAAUGCAGACAACUCAGAGCAGCUGAGCAGCAGCAGCACCUCCACUUCAGCCAAGUCAGCCUCUGAGGUGUCCUCAAAAGAAGCAUUGCAGGCUAUGAUCCUCAGCCUCCCAAGGUACCACUGCGAGAACCCAGCUAGCUGCAAGUCCCCCACACUUUCCACUGACACCAUGAGGAAGCGCCUCUAUCGCAUUGGGCUGAACCUCUUUAAUAUAAACCCAGACAAAGGGAUCCAGUUCCUGAUCUCCCGAGGCUUCAUCCCAGACACCCCCAUUGGUGUGGCACACUUCCUGCUCCAGCGGAAAGGUCUCAGCCGCCAAAUGAUUGGGGAGUUCCUGGGCAACAGCAAGAAACAGUUCAACAGGGAUGUCCUUGACUGCGUGGUGGAUGAGAUGGACUUUUCAGGCAUGGAGCUGGAUGAAGCUCUGCGGAAAUUCCAGGCCCACAUCCGCGUGCAAGGGGAGGCGCAGAAGGUCGAGCGGCUCAUUGAGGCUUUCAGCCAGAGGUACUGCAUGUGUAACCCAGAUGUGGUCCAGCAGUUUCACAACCCGGACACCAUCUUCAUCUUGGCCUUUGCAAUCAUCCUCCUCAAUACGGACAUGUACAGCCCCAACAUCAAGCCUGACAGGAAGAUGAUGCUGGAGGACUUCAUUCGCAAUCUGAGAGGGGUGGAUGACGGCGCUGACAUCCCACGGGAGCUGGUGGUAGGGAUCUAUGAGAGGAUCCAGCAGAAGGAGCUAAAAUCCAAUGAGGACCAUGUGACUUAUGUCACCAAAGUGGAGAAGUCCAUCGUCGGAAUGAAAACGGUUCUGUCGGUGCCCCAUCGCCGGCUGGUCUGCUGCAGCCGUCUGUAUGAAGUGACUGAUGUCAACAAAGUGCAGAAGCAGGCAGCUCACCAGAGGGAAGUUUUUCUCUUCAAUGACCUGCUAGUGAUCCUCAAGCUUUGCCCCAAGAAGAAAAGCUCCUCAACGUACACAUUUUGCAAGUCGGUUGGCCUACUAGGGAUGCAGUUCCAUCUCUUUGAGAAUGAAUAUUACCCCCAUGGCAUCACGCUGGUGACACCAGUUUCAGGCUCAGAGAAAAAACAGAUACUACACUUCUGUGCUCUGGGUGCUGAGGAAAUGCAGAAGUUUGUGGAAGAUCUGAAAGAGUCAAUAGCAGAAGUGACAGAACUGGAGCAGAUAAGAAUCGAGUGGGAGCUGGAGAAACAGCAAGGGGCAAAGACUCUCUCAUUGAGAACCAAUGGAGCCCAGAUGGAACUGCAGUCUAAGCAGGGCUCUCCAACAGGCAAGAAGGAUCUUGGGGAGAAGGUCUCGGACAGCACAGUGGAGGUUUUAAUCAAUGCCUCCCCAGCCAGACUGACAAUUUUACCAAUUUCCAGAGAUACAAUUAAAAGUUACUGCUAG